AGACAGAGCGCGCGCACUCCAGGUUGGCGCAGGCACCGGUCCUGGAGAACUGAACGCCUUGGAGCUGGCAGCAUGGCUUCAUCUCACGGAAGAAGCGACCUGCGCUUCGCAGACUGGAUGGCAAGUUUACCGCAGAGCAUGCACACCGUCCCGCUUGCCAACAUGGCAAUCCCCGGUUCUCACGAUUCCUUCAGCUUUUACAUUGAUGAAGCAUCUCCAGUGGGCCCAGAGCAGCCAGAGACGGUGCAGAACUUUGUGUCUGUUUUCGGUACAGUAGCCAAGAAGCUAAUGAGAAAAUGGUUGGCCACACAAACUAUGAAUUUCACUUGCCAGCUGGAGGCUGGGAUCCGUUUCUUUGACCUGCGCAUCUCAACCAAGCCCCGUGACCCUGACAACGAGCUCUACUUCGCCCACGGGCUCUUCAGCGCCACGGUACGGGAAGGUUUGGAGCAGAUCAGCAGUUUCCUGUCAGCUCAUGCCAAAGAGGUUGUUUUCCUGGACUUCAACCACUUCUACGGUGUACAGAACCUACAUCAUGAAAAGCUAGUGACCAUGCUUAAAGAAGUGUUUGGAGAGAAACUCUGCCCAGUGAUUUUUGCUCAAGAGGUGACCCUGAAAUAUCUUUGGGAGAAGGAGUACCAGGUGCUUGUCUUCUAUCACCACCCCAUGGCCCUAGAGGUGCCCUUCCUCUGGCCUGGCCAGAUGAUGCCUGCUCCGUGGGCAAACACCACUGACCCAGAAAAGCUGGUUCAGUUUCUCCAGGCAUCUGUAACUGACCGCAGGAGGAAGGGGACAUUCUUUGUCUCCCAGGUGGUGUUAACACCGAAGGCAAGCACUGUGAUGAAGGGAAUGGCCAGCGGACUGAGGGAGACGAUAACAGAAAGGGCAUUACCAGGCAUGAUGCAGUGGAUAAGAUCACAAAGACCUGGUGAAAACGGCAUCAACAUUAUAACAGCAGAUUUUGUUGAGCUUGGAGAAUUCAUCAGCGCUGUCAUCAGCCUUAAUUAUCAUCAUCUGAACGAAGACGAGGACGAUGAUGCAACCUGAGAGGCCACAGUAGGGCAUUGGAGAGUGCAGCCGGCACCACCAAAUAAGGGGUGGUUGGGUCUGUGCUCUAAUCCUAUACUCUUUGGCAUUUAUUUCAGGAGGAAAGUGACAUUUCGGCUCCUUUCUCUUUAUUUAGGGCUAUAGUGAACUGAGAGAUCAGGGAGGGCGAAGAAGAGACCAAGCUUAGGCUGGUAAACAUUUCACAAAUGUUUGGUUGGAGCACUUAAAGAAUGAGGUUUAUUUGUUUCCUGUUUUUGGGAUCAAGGUUUUUUUUUUAUUUUUCAGAAUUGAUGGUUAUUUUACUUACUCCCUUAGCUGUAAAACUAUCAGCUUUUUCCACAAAUGUACCAUUUUCAGGCAUACCACUCUAUCAAACACAUGUGUCUUAAGGCCACAUUGACCCUCCAAUAGCUUGACUUUUACAUCAGUCUUGAUAUUCUAGUAACAGUUUUGCCAGAGGGUGUUUAAAAUAAAUGUUUAACUGAAGUCAUUGGCUCGUAAAUUGUAGCUAGCUCUUGUAUGUCCUGUAAAGAAGAUCAGUCCAAGUGCAGUCUUCUUUUUUUGUGUUUUAAACAUUAUGCAUCUUCUUAGAUAUAUCUGCAGGUGUUUUUCAAAACCUCCUCCUGAUGUCUGAAUGCGUGUGUUUAAAAUGUGUUGUGCCAGUGGGUAUAUUCAUUAUACCAACAAAAAAGAUUUCCAUGUUUGUCCCCCAGCAGUAAUCUUUCAUUUAAGUUUUUGCUCAGUAAUGGGAUCGGAAGCUGUGGAUUGAUCGACUGAUUAAAACCCUAGAAUCGCUCAUUUAUAACCACACAGGAAGAGAGAUUUAGAGUGCAUCUUGGCUAACUGGAGAAAAGCAUUAACACUGUUAGUACACACACAUUUUUUCCGUCUGCACUCCACAAUAAUUACCCCAUUUCCAUGACAAGCAUCUAUUCACUCUGUUAGAAAUGGACUAAAUGCACCCAUGCUGCCAUUUUUAAUGGUUAAGCAUCAAACUGUUCCUUCUAUACAUGGUGGAUCUUAAGAUGUGAUAGCAAAGUGUAAAAAAUACAUAUUUUGAUACGUGAGUACGCCCACAUAUCCAGCUUUUCUUUGCUGCUAGCUUGCCUUUUUGUGUGUUUGUGGUUACUGCCAUACAGCAGUAUAUGUGAGUCACCAUGAGAUGUGUAUUUUAUAAUAAAGGGUGACAAAACACCAAGCAGUCAUUUAGCAACUUAAGUCAUUAAAUUGCAUACAUUAUAGAUUAAGCAUUUUAAAUUUGAUCACAAUAAGCUGAAUCUACACCUGGCCCCUUUAUGAAUUUUAAGUCAUAAUUUGUUACUUGGUUAAAAUUAAUAGAGUCAAUGCUAUGUAAACACAUGAAAACAUGGUAGCUAUGAAGUUCCAUUAAUACACUUCGGCUCAUUAGUAUCGCUUUCAGUCACCAACAAUAUUCCAGACACUGCAGUGUUUUCUCCCACAGUCGGAUGUUUUGUCCCAGUUGAAGUUUCUGCAGGUCAGCCUUGAUAUGCUUAUGAUUUGUUAACUAUUUUAAAAGGAUAUUUAAGAUAAUUUUGAACUUAGAUCCUGUACGGAUGUUAUUGGUAAAGUAAGGUUAUCUGCAGUAUGCAAAUUUUACAUUGCAGCGAUAUAUGCAGUCCCCACUUUUGCAAGAUUAGAUUGCUGAGUCCAUUUUCUCAGCUAAAGUGCUAAAAAUCGCUCAGAGGAGCCCAUCCGCAGGAAUAACAAUUGGUUCGGGAUGUUCCAUAUUAUACAAAAAAACUUAAAGGUCUUAAACAUGCAGAAAAUAUAUCAUGCAAACAUCAUGAUUAAUGUGACAUUUCCUGUUGGGAAUGUAAACUGUCAGGAUAUUCUAGGAAAGUUUGGUGUUGUUAAAAAACAAAAAACAAAAAAAAAAACAACAUACUCAGCUCUUUGAAAUCCUGAAUGUAGGUUUUGUGAGCAAAUGUGUCAUUUCUUAAAAGUCUGAUCUGAGUGACUGACUUUCAGAACACAUAUGUAUUUUCCGCUCCAGUGCUUUCUCCUCUCCAUGGUACCAUGCAGCGUCAAACAUUUUAUAUUGUGAAAGGUUUUUACAUUCUACAACUGCUGAAAAAAUGUAAUUUACUUAAACAUUCUUCUAUUUCUUGUAUUGAUUUACAGAUCUAUUUGGUAUUUAACUUUUUUUGCAUGAAUGAAAGCCCCUAGGAGGUUUCUGUACACCUACUUUCAUUUUUACAUUAUAACCCUAAAGAGCAUGUGUACAUCUUAACUGGAAAUGUUUCUCUCCUCUAAGAAAAAUAUCUGUUUUUUCUCAGUGCAUCACCUGACCCCACCAAUGAGAAAAUUCCACAUGGUGUUUUUAAGGACAUUUGUGUCUCCACCCUGUCCAAACUGUUGUCAUUGACCUUGUUUUUUGAUGUGAAAAGAGUCCUUUGCUGUUGUAAAUCUUCAAACUAUGUUGCUCAAAAUAAAGUGACUGUUCUUCGUGGAAAAAGGCCAAUCAAAUAAAGCUUCUAUGCCUUCAGAGAAGGGUUAUUCUGUGAG